UGAGUCCCACCCCUCACUCCCCUGUGGCCAGCGUGGGAAGUGGCAGGUGGAAACCACCUCCUGGGAUGGAAGACCUGUUGCCUGCUGUGGUUAUAGACAAUGGUUCCGGUCUAAUCAAGGCAGGCAUAGCUGGGGACAAUGAACCACGUUGCAUCUACACCAACAUAACAGGCCGGCCUAAAGCCAAGUCUGUGAUGCUGGGGGCAGGCCAGAAGGACCUCUACAUUGGGGAUGAGGCACAGGCCAAGCGGGGGAUCCUCUCCAUCAGAUACCCAGUGGAGCAUGGGAUUGUCACAAGCUGGGCAGACAUGGAGGCUGUGUGGAAGAAUGUCUAUGAACAAGACCUGAAGAUGAGGGCAAGCGAGCGGCCAGCACUGCUCACUGAGGCACCGCUCAACCCACUGGUCAAUCGAGAGCAUAUGACAAAACUUCUCUUUGAGCGCUUUGAUGUACCAGCCCUUUAUGUGGCUAUCCAGGCUGUACUGGCACUGUAUGCUUCAGGCCUUACCACAGGCUGUGUGAUGGACUCUGGGGAUGGUGUUACCCACACAGUACCUAUCUUUGAGGGCUAUUGCUUGCCCCAUGCAGUUCUCCGGCUUGACUUGGCUGGCCGUGACCUCACAGACUAUCUGAUGAGAAUACUCAGAGAGAGUGGUAUUUCCCUGGUCAGCACAGCUGAAAGGGAGAUUGUACGAGACAUAAAGGAGAACUUGUGUUACGUGUGUCUGAAUCCAGAGGAGGAAUUGGCUAAGAAACCAAGUGAAGUAGAGAAAACAUACAAGAUGCCUGAUGGGCAGGUUAUUAAAGUCCAUAAUCAAAGGUUCCGCUGCCCUGAGACCCUUUUCCGCCCAUCUAACAUUGGCAUGGAAACCUCAGGGAUUGACAAGCUUUGCUUCAACACCGUCAUGAAAUGUGAUAUUGACCUGAGGACCAGCUUCUUCUCCAAUAUAAUCCUAUCUGGUGGUUCCAGCCUCUUCCCUGGCAUGACUGAGCGUUUGACCAAGGAGCUUGUCCGCAUGGUCCCCAAUGACACUGAGGUGAAGAUCAUAGCUCCUCCUGACAGGAAGCUCUCUGUUUGGAUGGGAGGCUCCAUCCUCUGCUCCCUGUCUGCUUUCCAGCAAAUGUGGAUUACCAUGGCAGAGUACAGAGAAGUUGGGCCUAACAUAGUGCAUAGAAAAUGCUUCUGAAAUUCAGCUGUUCUGAAAAGGAUUGAAUUGAAAGUGUUGUGAGAAAGAAAAGAACCUCAAAAUUAUAGUAACUCCAAAACUCCAGGAAGCCUAUGCCUAUGUAGUAUUUCUCUUGUGAAAGGUUAAUAAAAAUCAUGAGUCAGCAUGUGCUUGCUCUAGAUAUGACUUUAUGAA